AUAAAAUCAAUGUCAAAACUAAACGUUUUAGAAUUUAGUUAAAAUUCAUAAUAUAUAUUAUAUUUAAUUUUUCAAACUUGUAUUACCUAUUUUUAAAAUGUUUUUAAAAUUUCCAUCCUUAAAACAAACAUUUUCAGCUGCUAUUGUUGGUGUUUCAAGUUUUUGUUUUGGAGUUUUGUGGGAUAGUAAAUUUAAAAAUCUUCAAAGUUCUAACUAUGUUUCAACUUUUAAAAUAUUUGAUGCUGUCAAUGCUGAUAGUAUUGUUCCCAUAGACCAUCAAACCAUUUUAACUAAAGAACAAAGGGUAUCUCAAAUAAUGAAAUACGGAUUUCCAGGACUGGAGAACGUACGGUCAUAUAAUAAUUUUGUUUUAUCAUAUGAUCAAAGAAAUAGGAUACCUCAUUGGGUUUUAGAACAUUUAACUCCUGAGAGUGUAAAAUAUAAUCCCAAAGUUGAUAGAUCAUUGUGUGACUUUUUUGAAGAUACUUCUUUUCAUCAUUUUUAUAGAGCCACAAACGCAGAUUAUAAACAUAGUGGUUUUGAUCGAGGUCACUUAGCUGCUGCUGGAAAUCAUAAAGCUAGUCAAGAAUUUGUGAAUGAAACGUUUGUAUUAUCUAAUAUUGCUCCCCAAGUUGGUAAAGGGUUUAAUCGAGAUGCAUGGAACAAUUUAGAAAAAUAUGUGAGAAAAAAAGCUAGAAAUAAUAAAAAUGUAUAUGUGUGUUCCGGCCCAUUAUUCUUACCAAAGAAAGGAGAAGAUAAUAAAUUAUGGGUUAAAUAUCAAGUAAUUGGUGACAACCAUGUUGCAGUUCCUACUCAUUUUUAUAAAAUCAUUGUGACCGAAGGAAAUGAUUCAAAAUUCUAUUUGGAAUGUUAUGUUAUGCCAAAUCAAGUAAUUCCUAAUAGUAUACCAUUGAAAGAUUUUCAAAUGCCCUUAGAAGUUAUUGAACGCGCGUCGGGCUUACAAUUUUUUAAACAACUGACACUAGAUAAAUUUAUAAAAAUAAAUAGUUAAUGCAAUAAAUACUGUCUUAAUAUAUUGUACAAUAUACCAAAUAUAUGAGUAGUCUACUGCUGAUUUUAAAUUAAAUUAAAUUGUAAUUAUUAAAAGAAUGUUUAGUUAUAUAAACCAUAAUGUCAACCUAACAGAUAACAUUUAACUCUGAAAUGUAAAUGUUCUAUUUAUCAUAUUUUAUCAGAUAGCUUUUAUUUAAGCCAAUAUUUGUACAUAAAUACCUACAGUCUACACAACAUUUUUUUGUAUUUUCUCCUAGCUAGUAGAUUGGUUUGUUAAAAAAAGGGAUUCACUGUUUAGUGUCUUUUUCAACACCUCUAAAAUGCUUGAAAAAUAAUAAAUCCCUUUUGAAGAGAAGGAAAAUCAUAAUUG